AUGACCUCCGUGGUCACGAGCGAAUCCCGAAGAUCUUCAACUCUAAACGCUCUGUCGGGGUUUUCUCAAAUGACCCCUGCCAAAAACCUGAAAAAGUCUUCCCAGCCAUCACUGAACACAUCCACAAGGCCCCGAACGCGUUCUCUGGUGCUAAAGGCGUCCACACGGGAGCCUUCGCUGGCCAAAAGCACGCCAAAUCGCCGAAGAAAGAACAAGAGAGGGCAAGGCUCUCGAGAAGGUUCUCCCGUGAUCGAUUUGACUACAGAAGAAGAGCAACAGCCUCACAUGGUGCUGGACGGUAACGAGGAGGAGGAAGAGGAGUCGCCGCUACGAAAUACGAAACGGAGAAAAAUUGCCGGCUCUUCCGGUGCUGCACUGAUCCGUCUGGCGUCGGAGGAAUUGAAUCUGUCGCCGAUUAAAUCAUCUGAGAAGAAGGCGGCGCCUGAAGCUCCUCCUUUAGUUUCGUCGUCACCUGUGAACAGGAAGAAGAUAGUCACUUUCUCAGAUGACUUAGUUCCAAGCUCGCCGUUGAAGAAUUUUGAGACUCCUCGCAAAUCAAUCUUGAAGAACCUGGGGAACUUCCCCGAUGAGUCGUCUCCUUUGGAUCCUAACAAUUCGUCAAUGUGGAUGAAAACGACCCACUCGAUUCUGCAUUCUUUUUCCACAGAGUGCCACUCCCCCAGUAACCCCUCGUUUUGGCAGCCAGGUACGAUCAUCCAACUCGCGCCUCGCUCCAACGACUUGCCCCAACUUGUAGACGGGUGUAUGAACGUGUUGAAGGCGGAGAAAUUUAACCGAAAGUUCGAGGUUUACGCCACUUUGAACCAGAUUUGUAAACUCAACGACGCUUCCAUCCUUGCAGAUCUUCUAUUGGGCGGUGAUGGGUCCUGGCUACAGCAUACAGAGAAGUCUACCAAGUAUAAACCCCGCCUGAACCCUGAAUAUAUCAAGGAGUUGUGCAACUUCAUCAGGAGAGAUAUUACCGAUACGGAAGCGGUGUUACAGAGCAACAAUACAGCUACAACCAAAACGUCACCUAGACGAAACAAUCCCUUCCAAUCUAGAGUGCUUAAUCAGGCACUCAAGGUGGCUGCUCACCUACUCACCUCCCCGUCGGUAAACCGCUUUAUUCCAAUUCAUGAUAUCCAAUGGUUCUACAGCCAUACCUGUGAACGCAUUGUGAGUCCUCACAUCUCCAAAUCAUUGGUUCUACCGUACCUCAGCAUUAUCAAAGAUUGCCAUUUCCCCCCGAAGAAGAGACGAGCGAUCUUUGAAACCCUUUCAAAUCCAAUUCUGGAGAAAAUGUUAUCCGCUUUGCUCAAUAUUCGCAAUUUCGGGUCUUCCAGUUUGGUAAACGAAAAGUUCAUUGCUUUAAAAAAUAUGAUACUGAACUUCCCAACACUCAUGGCCAAAAACUUCCACUUGUGGUACGUAAGUCUCACGCUCAAUUUAUGUGAUACCACGUUUCCCUUGUAUACUAAAGUUGUCUCCAAUGGAGUAACGGCUUUACUUGAAGCUGCACGAAAUUUUCUUGACAAUCCUGACAUUUGCUACGCUGGUCGUAAGUUUUUGGAGUCACCAUUACCACAAUCCCAGUUAUCAUUCACUUCAGACAACCUUAUUUCUGUCUCAACGUCGCCGUCAACGUUGACCAUUGAUUAUGUUAUCGAGAAUCUUCUCAGUUUGAUUCAAAGCGGAAACCAUAAAUUCGCCAUGGACAUUUGGGUCGGAAUCACCUUACUUUGUGGCAAGUUUGACAACGGGUUUGAGAACUGGAAAUAUUUGACUCAAUGGCUUCAGGUUCAUAAGUAUUGCUUCAACGAGCUGGACAUUACGGCAAAGGUCACAGCGAUAUCAUCGUGGAAGGUGAUUGUGUAUAAGAUUUGCUGCAUUGAACUUCGAGACUUUAGACAUACAGCUGUUGAUCGAUCAACUCCAAAUGAAGCUGGUCGAGCCAUAGGUACUGAGGAUAUUUUCAAGACCAAGAUCAAGCUCCUCAUCCACAUAUUCAUCAACAUCACCUCAAUAGAAAGCCAAAAAGAGAUCAUUGAUGCUUUACACAACUCCUUCAUGUCCAUCCUAUACUGUUUAUUCAAUUAUCCUGCGAAAAUUCCCGCCAAAUUACAAGACCUUUAUUGGGACCGGAUUGUGACACCCGUUCUUGCCAACUUCUACUUCAGGAGAGACUCUUCGAGCACCUAUAUGCAUCGUUGUGGUCUUGAUAUUGUGGAUCGCCUCGUUAGGGCCACAUCUAGUGUGGGAGAAAAGCUGUUCAGCAGCAUCCGUUGCCUUUCCAAUGAAAACAUUCAGCUAAACGAAAUCCAUCCUUCAAAUCCAAGGUGGGUCUUCACGAGGUUUGAUAAGAGCAUGCAGAUACUUUCAUUGGUUUUUAAGCUGGAUAAACUAGACAUAGAUCCGAAACUUAGUCUUCUCGCCAACUUCAUGAACACGCUAAAAUUUAGCACGAAAAAAGAAGCGCAGAUAUCUGAUACGACAAAAGACAUCAUUGACAAUAUGCCACUCACUUUGGAUAUCUUGAGUAAGCAUAGCAGGAUUUCCUAUGAUUCUUUAUUUAAACUCAUCGUCAAUUUAAAUGAUACCUUUGGUGCACACAAUCUAAUGGCGGAUUCUGAUAUUGAAGCCAGCAGCUGCUAUGAAGUGUUACUUCUUCAUAGCAUCCAAUACUACACGACUAAUCAGCUAAGUGGAAUCGUCAAUAUGAUACAGGGAGCUGUCGGCGAUAGAUUCAGCAUGCGUUUCAUUUAUCAGUUAUUGAAAGUCAACACUAAACACAAACGAGGCGACUUAGAAAGUUUCAUAUGUGAUAGCCUAAAUACUCGACAACUGCAACGGUUGACGAAUAUGGAUCUCAUAAUUGCGGGCAGGAUGUUUAAAUACCUUGAAACCGAUUUUGCUGUUUUCGCAAAGAAGGUCAUCCAGCAUAUUGUCCUUCUCAAGUCAGAGGAGUAUGAACGGAUGGUAAGCCUCCUUGAGAUACACAAAUGGUCCAAUCCGAUUUUCAAGUUCUACGUAUCAUUGAUGCAUGAUGCUCCCUAUGAUCAUCUCAAGCAAAUGAGUUUGUCGCUUUUGAAGCAAAAGUGGACAUCUCUUGGUGAUUUUCGAGUACUUUCCAGUUUUUUAUUUGAGAACAAGUACGACUUUGAGAUCAUUCAGUGUUUUGAUGAAAUCUUGAACAAGCUUGACGUUCUUGAGCAGGAUGAGAGAGUUGACUUAGAGAAAAAAAUCAAAGAAUAUCUUCUACAAUCUUCGGAAGAUGAUAAUAGAUUGGAUGAUUUGUUCGUAAGCGCUACAUCUAAGGGUAUUGACAUUCUUCCGGAUAUCAAGGAGAAUUUGCACAAGUAUCCAAAGUUGCAGUCACUUGUACGAAAGAAUAUGCAACCAAGUAUGGGUGUCUCUCAGGAGAAAGCCAGCAAUGAGGCAAUUCUGCAAAAUCGGAACGAAUUGGAACCUGCCGUCCAAAGUGAGCUUACUGAACACAAAGUGAAUAAUGCAGUUGACUUAACCGGAAGAGGAGUGACUGAUGCCAUGAAUAAUUCGCAUUCUACGCAGCCGAAUGAUGAUACGAGGAAGGAAUCGAAAUCUUGUCAGAGCCAGCUUUCAGAUAAUCUGACUUCAGAGAUCAGAAGAGCUGAACCAACGUCCUUGAGUGUAAAUGUGCCAGACCUAGGGUGGUCUUCAGGGCAGAGGCGUACCAGAAGAAUGGCCGCCAUGGAACGCCAAGAACUCGAAUGUCAAAAAAUCGUUCAGAUGGUUGAGGACCGCAGCCCGGUCGUUGGGCAAAAGUCAAAAAGAGCUUCAAGCAGUCUGGUGGUCAAGGGUAUACGGCAGAAAGAUAACGAUGAUGAUGAGGAGAUUCAAGAAGUUGAAACCGACGACUUCUCUGUCGAGAAUAAAAAUGAUUCUGACAGCAUCGAGGACUCGGCAGAAACGAAUGCAGCACGCAUGGGUGGUACUGUGGCAAAGAAUAGUAAUGUCGAGAACAAAGAGGGCUCAAAUGAAAACGAAAAGCAAGUGAGCGACUCCGAAGAGAGCACCAAGGAAAAGAGGUUGCAAGAAGCCCACGAUAAAUCGUUGAUAGAGGUCAACUCCAGCUCAGAUUCUCACGAGAAGAAGAGCAAUGAUAGUAUGAUUACCAAUACAAGUGAAUGUCAAUUCCCAGACAGCUUCGCAGAGCUGUCGAACUUGCAAUCACAAGACAAGAACCCGAACUCUACAGGAGCAAGCAGCUGCACAGACCUUAUGGUUUUAACUCACAGGCAAUCGCAAGAGCCCGUCGAGACGUCAUCAGAGCUGCUUUCUGUAAUUGAGGAGUCAACUGAAGAAAAGAACUUUGCUACAGCGCUCAUUGACCGAUUAAAAGCGGUCAGAGACGGUGAUUUGAAAGAAGUGACCCGAGAAGACCAGUUCCUUCUUGAAACGUCCAUGAUGGAGUUCAUUCUUCGUAUGAGAAGACUAAAGGCUCAAAUCUGA